CUCUUAAUAUCUUGUCCAAACUUUUAGAAAAUCUCUCUUACUCUCUCUCGCUGCAAGAGCGAGGUGGUCAAACGCUUUCAUGCCCUCAACACCAUGAGCGCCAGAGCUCUUCUCUACUCGUUUUCUCCCAAACCAAACAUUCCUCCUGACAUUUCGGCUUCCAGGAAAAGUUUCGGCUCGGAAUCCAGACCUCAAAGUCCGUUUCGGAUUCGGGUUCGGGUAAAUGGUCAGGAACAGUACUGCGUUUUCCGUGUGACGGAGAGGAAUUCGGUUAGGAGAAGAAGAUGUGGGAAAGUGUGUGCGGAUGUUAAGUCUGAGCGGUACGAGAUUUCCGACUCGGUUCCGAAAUCGGUGAAGUUUGAGGAGGCUCUUAACGACGUCGUUGGAAGCAAUGAGGAUUUGGAAAGUGUGGGUCCCUGGUGGGAAAAGUUUCCCAAAAGAUGGAUCAUCGUGGUUUUGUGCUUUUCGGCUUUUCUUCUCUGCAAUAUGGAUAGAGUAAAUAUGAGCAUUGCUAUACUUCCCAUGUCAGCGGAGUUCAAUUGGAAUCCCACCACUGUUGGAUUGAUUCAGUCGUCGUUUUUUUGUGGCUACCUCCUUACUCAGAUUGCUGGUGGGAUAUGGGCUGACACAGUGGGUGGUAAGAUGGUCUUAGGAUUUGGAGUCGUUUGGUGGUCCAUUGCUACUGCUCUCACUCCUGUUGCUGCUAAACUUGGGUUGCCAUUCCUACUUUUUGUUCGUGCUUUCAUGGGUAUCGGUGAGGGUGUUGCUAUGCCUGCAAUGAAUAAUAUUUUGUCAAAAUGGAUACCUGUAGCAGAGAGAAGUAGAUCGUUAGCUUUGGUGUACAGUGGGAUGUACCUUGGAUCAGUCACUGGUUUGGCUUUCUCACCAUUUCUAAUACAUAAGUUUGGAUGGCCAUCAGUCUUUUACUCUUUUGGUUCACUGGGGACAGUUUGGUUCGCUAUAUGGCUAAACAAGGCACAUAGUUCACCUAUUGAGGAUCCUCAGCUACGACCUGAGGAGAAAAAGCUAAUUGCUACUAGUUGCGCUAGCAAGGAGCCUGUUAAAACAAUUCCUUGGGGACGAAUCUUGUCAAAAGCUCCUGUAUGGGCCCUGAUAGUGUCACAUUUUUGUCACAAUUGGGGGACAUUUAUUCUUCUUACAUGGAUGCCUACAUACUAUAAUCAAGUCCUGAAGUUCAAUCUUACAGAAUCUGGACUCCUUUGUGUUUUACCCUGGCUUACAAUGGCACUCUCUGCAAAUGCUGGAGGGUGGAUUGCAGACACACUUGUAAGCAAAGGUGUAUCUGUGACUAGGGUUCGCAAGAUCAUGCAAACAAUUGGGUUUCUUGGCCCUGCUUUCUUCCUGACUCAGUUGAGUCAUGUUAAUUCUCCUGCAAUGGCUGUUUUGUGCAUGGCGUGCAGUCAGGGAACUGAUGCAUUCUCACAGUCUGGUCUAUAUUCAAACCAUCAAGAUAUUGCUCCCCGAUAUGCAGGUGUAUUGCUUGGUUUAUCCAAUACUGCUGGAGUUCUGGCAGGUGUCUUUGGAACAGCAGCAACCGGUUACAUCUUGCAACAUGGUUCUUGGGAUGAUGUUUUCAAGGUUUCAGUUGGACUCUAUUUGACUGGAACUGUUGUAUGGAACCUCUUUUCGACUGGUGAGAAGAUCUUGGAUUGAUUCAUGGAUAACUGGAUCGAUCAUCUUUUUUAAACUGCGGUUCAAUCCGGAGCUCAUGUAGAAGAGUUAAAUUGAAAGAAUGGAAAGGAAAAAACAGAAACAUACUAAAUUCAAGUUUGUUGAAGAAUAACAGGAUUAUUUAGUUGGGAUUCUUUGGCUUUAAGACUGAAAUUGUUUUGACAUGGAUCAAAUGGAGCUUGAAACCUGAAAAAGUCGGUAAGUGAAUAUGAAGUUUGAUAGGUGGGUUACACUUCAAUUCCUUUCUAAUGGGGGAAAAAAAAAAAAAAAAAAAAAGGGAACAUAAAUACAUGGUAAAUACUAAAUAGCCCCCCAACAGCCUGUAAAUCUUGUAUUUGAUACGAACAUCAAUUUUGUAAUUUGUAUAUCAAUAUAUUCUUAUGUUAUAAUCGUUCAAA